UAGUUCAGCUGUGUCUCCUCCGUUUGUUUUCUUUCUGGGGUGUUCCUGUAAAUUCGUGUUUGGGAGCGACAAUCCAGUCGAAAUUAGCUUUCCACUUGUGCGGAAAAUAAUUAGCGACCAGUAUGAGAGUGUCAGGUGGUCAGUUGCAGCAGUGUGGGCAGAAAAUCAGAUUACUUUAGGAAUAUUUUGAACCAGAGUUGGCAAGACUUUGGAUAUGUCAGGUGUAAGGUUUGGAGAGCAGUUGUAGUGAGUAGAAAGAAUUUUAAAUCUUUUUUGAGGGCCCGGGUUUGUCUCCUGGCCCACAAGGAAAUCUGAAAAAAAAAUUUUCAAGUUAUCUUUUGGGUCUCAGCAGUUUGUAACGAGAAGGCAGCUGGCACAGUUUCCCCAUUCCGGUUUCAGAGUUGAAUUGCAGAAAUCGAUAUUAUGGUGUGGAGGUAUUUUUUUUCUCAACCUGUUGAGAAAUGAGAACCCACUCGCUUGUUGUUCACCUGCACAAAUGAGCAAAUUGAUUUGGAGAUGUGGCCACCUAUCAUAAUUCUGUUGCUGGCAAAUUUGGCCUCAACUGAAGUGCAGUGCCCGGAUGGAAGACCUUGCCCAGAUGAAUCAACGUGUUGUAAACUUGAAUCUGGUAGUUAUGACUGCUGCCCAGUGGAAAAGAAUGUCCAGUGUUUUAAUGGGACCAAGCACUGUGGGAGACAUCACACCGGUGACACUGACCCAUCGUCCUCAGCACUGAAAUAUCCCAGUAUUUCAGUGGAAAGCAAGACACUUGAAAUGGAAACUGCCCUGCGCAACAACGUCAACAUGGAUAGCUCAGUAGUCUAUUGUGAUCGUACACAUUACUGUCUGGAUGGAUACACCUGUUGUAGAAUAGUGACUGGAGGUUGGAGUUGCUGCCCACAAGUUCAGACUGUCUGUUGUUAUGGUGGGUCAAUGUGCUGCCCACAAGACAACACAGAUCCAUCGUCCUCAGCAGUAAAAUAUCCCAGUAUUCCAAUGGAAGGCAACACACUUGAAAUGGAAACUGCUCUGAGCACCAGUGUUAACAGUGAUAGCUCAGUCCUUUGUGACCGUACGCAUUACUGUCCGAAUGGAAAUACUUGUUGUAAAACACGGACCGGAAGUUGGAGUUGUUGCCCACUACUUCAGGCUGUUUGUUGUAACGAUGGUAUUCACUGCUGUCCUUAUGGCACCAGGUGUGACCUUCAGAGGUUACGUUGUGUACAGGAUAGUGCCAGUGUACCAUGGCUCAUCAAGGAACCUGCAAUGAUUUGGUCAGAAGCUCUGCAAAGCAGCCUCAGUAGUGAUGGCUCGGUCGUUUAUUGUGAUGACACACAUGUUUGUAAAGCUGGAAGUACAUGCUGUAGGUUGUGGAACAAAACAUGGGGAUGCUGUCCAUAUCGUAACGCUCACUGCUGCUUUGAUGGACAACACUGCUGUCCUAAAUAUCACAUCUGUGAUAUAAGACAUCAAAGCUGCAGGAGGAUCUUUCCGUUGUACAAAUGGAUGCAGCUCUCCUCGAGCAAAACAUCUGAAAAAUCUGAAAAUCUUUAAAUCCGUCCUGCACCAAUCAUAGCGCUGAGUUUAACAUUACAAAGAAGGCAUGCUUCAAUUCUGCUUUGCUGCGAUGUGUAGAAAUAGCACCAAUUUUGGUUUCUAUUUGGUUGAUAUUUUCAAUAAUCACAUUACAGGAAUCAUUCUUUACUUGGCUACUUUUGAAAAAUUACCUGAUUUGUCCCUUUACCAGAAUUUGUAUCAGAGAAUAUUGUCAAAUAUGAUUGCUUUUAUUUUCCAGUAAAUCGUCAUAGGAGUUUUAGUAGCAAACACAUGUAUCUUAAUUAAUUGCUAUUUAACAAGUGUCAAAAAUAUGGCAAGAAGAUUUAACUAUGUUGAUAGUAAAAAAAUUUGAGAUUUGAACAUCCCGGAUCUAUUCUUACUCAUGUUCAUACUUUACAUAAAUUAUUAAGUUAUGAAGUCACCAAAGUGAGAUUAAACCCAUUGAAAGAGAUGACAUAGAAUCAAGGUACCAGCACACAAAGUACUUACCAUCAUUUCCACUACUCUUUUUCUUCAUCGGUCCAUUUAAACUCAUGUUUACUCACUAUCCCUCUAAUAUCCCAGAAUGUUUAAAUCAACUAUUAAAGAAAUGCAGACGAAAAAGUUACCCUGGAGCUGAUUCUGCUCCCAGAUUGUAACUUUGUGCAGCAGAACCUUGGUUAGAUUUUGUAGGAGUGAGGGUUGAUGAUGAAGUAUCAGUACUUACUGCUGUCAUUAACAUUCUGAAAUUGACUGUAGUAUUAGGAUUCUUUUUGGAGCUGGGGAGCAGAAAGAGAUUAUUACGGAAAUCCUGAAGUUGAUGUCUGUCACUUAAUGUUCUGACUUAGGCUGUGUUGUUAUCACAGCAACCCCUUUUGUACCUAGAGCUGGCAGAGGUUAAUUCAGUGCAAUUUUCAAUGUUCUACUCCUGUGCUGCUAUUUGAAAUCCCAUUAAAAAAAAACUUAAGAUCUUAUUUAAACAAGUGUAACUGAAUUUGUAAUAAUACUUCCAAUGUGACUUGGAAAUGAACAUAGAAGGUAUGUUUAAUAAGUUUGCAGAUGACACCAGAAUUGGAAGUGCAGUGACACAGUGAAGAAGGUUACCUUAGCGUACAAUGGGACCUUGAUCAGAAAGGCCAAUGGGCUGAGGAGGAGCAGGUGGAAUCUAAUUUAACUAAACAUGAAGUGCUGUAUUUUGGAAAGGCAAAUUAGGGCAGGACUUACACAUUUAAUAAGGUCCCGGGGAAUAUUGCUGAAUAAAGAGACCUUGUCGUGCAGGUGCAUAAUUCCUUGAAAGUGGAGUUGCAGGUAGAAAGGAUAGUGAAGAAGGCAUUUGGUAUACUUGCCUUUAUUGGUCAGUGCAUUGAGUAUCAGAGUUGGGAGGUCAUGUUGCAGCUGUGCAGAAUAUUGGUUAGGCCACUUUUGGAAUACUGUAUGCACUUCUGGUCUCCCAGCUAUAGGAAGGAUGUAGUGAAACUUGAAAGGGUUCAGAAAAAGAUUUACAAGGUUGUUGCCCGGAUUGGAGGGCUUGACCUUGGGCUAUAUGGAGAGGCUGAAUUGUAUGGGGAGUUGGAGGCUGAGAGGUGAACUUAGAGAAGUUUAUAAAGUCGUGAGGGGCAUGGAUAGGGUGAAUAGGCAAGGUCUUUUCCCUGGGGUGCGUCUAAAACUGGAGGGCACAGGUUUAAGGUGAGAGGGGAAAGGAUUUAAAACAAACAGACCUAAGGGCCAACAUUUUCAUGCAGAGGGUGAUGCGUGUAUGGAAUGAGCUGCCAGAGGACGUGGUGGAGGCUGGUACAGUGACAACAUUUAAAAAGCAUCUGGAUGGGUAUAUGAAUUGGAAGGGUUUGGAGGGAUAUGGGCCAAAUGGGACUAGAUUAAAUAAGAAAUGUGGUCAGCAUGGACGAGUUCGACUAAAGGGUCUGUUUCCAUGCUGUACAGCUCUAUGGCUCUAAUUUGAUAGGCAACAGCACUGCAGAAUCGAUCAGUACUGCAAAAUGAUUAACAUACUUUAAGAAGCUAAUCUUCAGUAGUUCUGAAAAUUUUAGCUUCCAUCUUCACCCAGAAUGUUCCAAUCUUUAAUAUGAUUUCUGGAAGGAACUUUAUUUGAGAGUUUCUUUCUUUCCAAUUUGAGAAGCUGUGAAUGCCUUUUUAUUUGGGUUAUUUACUUUUACAGCAUAAUAACUGCUGCUCCAUACUGAAUAUGUCCAAUUAAGAAUAUCGCAAUCAGUUGCAGUACAACUGCAGAAGUACAGAGGUGAAAAUUUCAUCAGAGGGUUUCAAGGUCAGCUGUGCUUUCUCAUUGAUCACAACCUCCAGUACUACAAUAAGUUAUAGAAAGAGCAGCUCUGAGGAAUUUUUCACCUGUGAAUUCUGCUAAACAAUGAUUUGACUGAGAUUUCCAUGUAGUAAAGUUUCUUUGAGAUUUUAAAAAAAGAAUUCUGAUUCCACUUCUGCUCAUCUUAAAUUUGUCGCCUUCAUGUCAGUUGGCAAAAGCAAUCUAGCACAAUUUAGCUUAACGUAACAAUCUUUGAAAAUUAAAAGGGGUUAUCAGGUCACAUUAUAAUCUUCCUUAAUUCUCAUCUUAACUGAAAAAUCUUUCUCAAAUCCUUCUUCAUUUAAGUAAUCUUAAUGUAUGGAGUGUAUUUACACUGUAAUCAAUUUCUUCAUGUAAUGAUGUGCUAAAGAUAACAGCAAUUCCUCUGCUGUAGCCCAAGGUGUUGCUGAAAAUCAACAUGGCUUCCUUGAAUUCCUACUCUUCGACCUUGAUUUUACAGUGUUUACACCCAAUUUUGAUUAUUUCAAAAUGGCCAAGAGCAUAAAUGUUUGCAAUGACAUUAUACGGUUCCCUGUUCACAAAAUCAUUUGCAAGUUUUUCAUUCAAAGUAAUAGUACAGGAAGGAACACCUGUUCAAAUAUAAUUAGACAACAGACAUACUUAAAUAAUUAAAUACACAUGUCAAACAUUUAAUUUUCUAAUACAGGAAUUUCAACACGAAACCAUCAUCCAGUGAUGCUAGGCAGUUGUAUCAAUUUCUUUACUGUCAUGUGCUAGCAAAUGAUUACAUUAUGAGGAAAGCUUAAAGUUACUUGGCCUGAUUAUUAGGGAGUAAUCUAAAUGAGGUAUUUAAGAUUAUUAUUAAUUAGAUGUAAGUGGAUAAAGUACUUCUUCUGGCAAAAGAAUUGAGAAAGAAUUGACAAAACCUUUGAAUUAAGCCGUGCAGCAGUGAUAUCAGAAGCGUUUCUUUAUGCAGGGUAGUGGAAGACUGCAACUAUCUUUCCCUAAAAAGCUGUUGAAUCUAUCUUAGGUUUAAAAAAAAGUAUUAAACAUUACUGAACCAAAGUGCAUAGAUGGAAUAAAAAUAUGAAACAGCCAAGAUUAAAUUUAACUGGUGAUCAAAGAGCUGUUUGGCCUAUUCCUGUGCCAAUCUUUCCAGCACAGCAUUAAAACUGGGCAUUCUGCUUUCUAUGUUACAGCUUCAAAGUGUAACCGUUUGACACAGUCAAUAGCAGCAAUUUUUUUUCCCCUUUAGGAAAAUUCCCUCCUCGUGUUACUUGGACAAACUGCUGAAAUGCAAAGGAUUAAGUUGGCCAAGGAGCACAGGAAGCCUUUUAGUUUAAUUCAUUCAUGAGAUGUGGGUCACUGGCUCGGGCAACAUUUAUUGCACUCCCUAAUUACCCUG